CAAAAACAAACAACGUGGCAGAAGAUGUUCAUAAACUUUACUGGUACGUUACAAGUCCAUCCCCUGAAGACCGAUUUGUGAUAGACAGAAAGUUCUGCCAAUCCACUAGAUAGUGAAGAGUGAUUUGACUUGACUACUGCCAAUACUGCCAUACCAUGGCAAAUAUUUACAACAGUAUUAAGUCGUGUAUUUAUAAGACUCCUGUGCCUGAAUCCACAGAAGUGAUAACAGAUGUGAGUGACAUCAAGGAAACAGAUGCCCCGGAAUAUGCUGCCGAUAAAAAAACUGACGAAGUCACAGAUCCCAGCAAACAGCCAGGUAUAAUAUGGAGAGUGUCAAGUGGUCUGUACAGCACGGCAACUGGGGCAGUGGGGAUGGGCAUUGGAGGGGUGAAGUGGGUCGCAGGGAAGACGUAUGACGUUGGUUCAGCUGUUGUGAGUAAGGUGCCAAAACCACCAGUCCCCACGUGGAGUCGCAAGGACAAGAAAGAGUGAACUGUGUUUUAUAUGUAGCAUUAGUCAGUAUUAACUAUAUAAUGAACAUCACAAUGAUCUGUCCUGGAAAAUGCCUAGAUAUAGAAGGUUCUAACACUACAAACAGCUGUAAGACUAUGCCAGUUCUAUAUAGUUUACAGGAAUGUGAUAUUUCAGCUAAAAAUCCAAUUUCACAAAAUACAUUGAAUUUGGUCGGAAAAAAUUUGAUAUAGUUUUCUGCUUUCGAAAGAUCAUUUCAACUGUUGUUUUUCAAUGGAUUUCCUAUCUGUAGGUUUUGAUGUACAGUUAAAUGUAAGUAUGAUGGGAGAACAUUGUAAUUGGUUUACUCAAAUGCACAAAUCUUGCCUGUUCAUCGCUUACCGUCUUUACUGAAAUGUAAAGUGGUUACAUGUAUGUUGAUUUACAGAUCACAUUGGUGUUCAUCAUACUCACUGAAAUCCAUUUUUAAUUGAUUAAUGAAUAUAUAUCUGCCAUCCAUCAUGUUUAAAACAUUAUUUUGAAAAGAAUACAUCACAUCAUAUACUUUAAAAUUAGAGUACAGUAUUGUAGAAUCAUUUUAUUUCAUCAUGUACAAGUCAUUAGUUGAAUACUAAUUGUUACAUAAUGUAUGUAUAUAUAACUGCUAGUGCAGAAGAUGGUGAGGUUGGUAAAGAAAUACCGUAUGUCAUAUCAUAUAUAUAUUUAUGAAAUAUGUUGGUUAGUAACACAGGUUGCAGUCUGUAACUGAUGAAAUAUUUUGCAGUAUUUAUUUUCCUUGUGUAAUCUUAUGGGGAAAAGAUUUUAAAUGCUGAAAGGUUGGUACAUGUGUGGGUUUUCAUGCCUCAUACACAUGUUUAUAAUAUGAAAAUGUGUUAGGUUUUAUUUUAUUUUAAUUACAUGUUUGGUCUUCCGUCCAAUGUUUUUAAAAUAUUACUUUGUAAUUUAUCUUUCAGUACAAUCUGAUUACAUUUUGACAGCUUAUGUCUGACUAUGCUUUUAUUUGUCUCACAUCAGAAAUAUGUCUGACAUAAGUAUUAUUAGGUGGAGUUAUACAGUGUAAAACUUGGUAUGAAUAUGAAACCAAUUUUAAUUUGGGAACUGUUUAUUUUAUUUAUCCCAUUCUCGAUUCAAGGGAGACAAUUCUUCAAGGACAUUUCUAUAGGAUGUAAAUAUAAUCUAUGGUAGCUAUUUGUAAGGAAAAUAAUAUUCAAGUGUACAUUGUUGAUUUGUAUAUUGUAAUGAAGUAGCAGAGUUUUUAACUUCAUUUGUUUUUUAUUUUUAACCAGUGUUAUUUUUGUGAAUUUGGCCAAUCUUAAAAAUACAUGUAAUCAUCUUGAUUCAAUCAGAUUGACAUUUUGUCUUCCACAAAUUCUUAUUUUUGUUCAUUGAAUUUUGUUUCUGUAAAUACAUUAAAUGACAAAACAGCUACUCAGUUGAAAUGGGUUUCAUUAUGGAUGGCAAUGAUACCACUUGUUCUGACAUGGGUUUUUUGAUCUAGUGAACAUAACUAAAAUUAUAUAUAUAGUGAAACCUGUCUAAACCGGAUCAUGUUGUGGACCUAAUGAUUAUCUCAUUUAGACAGGGCCCAGUGUUUAGAGGGUCGCAUUGUAGAAUUUAGAAAAUUCGGGAACAUGAAAUAUGGUCAGUUUUGACAGGAUGUCAGUUAUUCUGGGUCCAGUUUAGACAGUCCCAUUUUCACUCUAUAUAUAUUAUAUAAUUUGUUAAUCUGUGUUCAUCUUUAUAACAUGUUUGUAAAGUUAAUAGAUCUUUAUUCUCAUAAUGACUAUUUUCUGAAGGAGAUAUGUGUAUUUUAGUAUUGUUGAGUACGUGACCACAUAGGUUGCAAUAUAUUUAUAGGGCAGUUGUACAACGAGUUGACUACUUCUUCACUGUAAAUUAUGAAUCUCUAUACAUAGAAUAUUGUAAGUCACAUGGCCAACUGAUAUUGGCAAUUGUCUUUUCACAUGGUCAGUCAUAGAUUUUGCUUGUUAAUUAUACAUCGAAUCUUUCAGUUUGCACAAAUGACAAAUUAGUCAUACACUGCACCAUUAAUUUCUUAAAAGUAUUGUAGUUAACAGUAAUACAUACUUUCUUUGCAUUACAAGAUUGGGUGUUUUUACAUGAACACUACCAUUCAUAAAACAAUAACCGUUUCUAGUUUUUCAUGCAUGGAUAACAGACAGUAGCUAUGGUUAAAAAUAAUUGCCAUAAAUGAAUGCUUAUGCGUUUACACAUUGAUCUGGCCCUAGCAAUGUGAAGAUCAGUUAUUAAAUUAAUAAAUAUUUUUUUGUGGAAAAGUUCAAUUGUAAUGUUUGCUACCAUACAGUCAGACUUUAUGCAUCAAGUUUAUAUGAGAUGGAGGCGAAACAUAAGCUGAGCUGUACCUUUACCACCAGUUAGGUAUUGCUAAUUGUCCUCUAAUUAACUUGAAGAACGGCUAAACACUAGCUUGACUUACACAAAUUGUACAAUUGUACAUUUUAUAUAAAUUAUACACAUUGUGAUGUCCAGAUAUGGUUUUUCAGCUUUUUAUCUGAUUUCACCUCUCUGUUUUUUUUACCGGCCUCGGUGGCAUAGUGGUUAACCAUCGGUCUACAGGCUGGUAGGUACUGGGUUUGGAUCCCAGUCGAGGCAUG